CACAAACAGAUUCUUAUUCCCUUAUGCAUGUCCUUGUGAUUCUCUCCACUAUAGGCAUAUUGAGAAGAUGAUAGAAAAAUUACAUGCACAUCAUAUCCAGCACAUCCAAAUCUCAGAUCCUCAUGGUGGACAGGACAACCAGAGGAGACUCACAGGAUUUAAUUUGACCUCCAACAUUCAUGAGUUCUCAGCUGCUGUGGAUAGCCGUAAAGUCAGCAUCCGCAUCCCCCUGCAUGUUAGCCAGGACAAGCGUGGCUAUUUGGAGGAUCGCCGGCCUGCCGCCAACUGUGACCCAUAUGCUGUGACUGGUGCUAUUGCUCGGACCUGCUUAAUGGUGGAUGAGGUGGAAGAUCUACUGAGGGAUCUGGAUAUUAAUUAUUUGGAGUAAAACUUUCCAAAUGCCACUAAUACAUAUGGGAAUAUUGAAUAAAAAUACA